AUGUCUUUAUAUCCACAACAGAAUCAUCCGUUGAUGAGUUCUCCAACCUUAUUUGAUGAAGAACUUGAGAGUGAGUUCAUGUUGGAUUUGAAUUCAAACCAAAAUGAUCCACAACAACAACUACAUCAACAUCAUUGGUUGACCUUUCAACCUCAUAGUUGUCAUGAUGAAUCCCUAUUCAAUGAUGAUGACCUGGUCAUCAUGUCCAAUCACCAUUUCAAUGAUGACACUUACUCGAUGGAUCAAACUCAACGUUCAGAAUCCACUGUGGCCUCUUGGAAUACGGUACAUCAUUGGAAUCCUACUUCGGCAACACUUCAUUCGAGUCAGACCCAUUCUCAACAUUUACCUUCGGAUCAAAAUGUGACGAAAUAUUGGAACAUGGCAGAAGAGGAUGACGAAUGGUUGACUUGUUCUGAAAUUGCUGCUCCGAAUCAUGUCAAUACGGAUAAGAAACUACAACCAAUCACGACGAAUGAUUCAUGUACAACCUCUCAAAGUCAUUUAAUUAUCAGAACAAACAAGUUCGUCGCUCGACCAUUCACCGAAUUGAUUAUUGAGGAAGGUGAAGCUCCUCAGAUUGCUGUCGUGAGUGUCCCGAGUACUAAAACCUCACAAUCCAAUUCACAAGUGAGCUCUCACCUUAACAUGGUGAUGGAGCAAGAUCCAAUUGUUCCUGUCGUGGAUAAGACAAGUUCCAAUACGAACCAUAGCGUCACAGAAUUGGAUAAGGAAGCUUCUCAAGGAAAUGAGGACAGUUCCACUGAAGAGGAAGAAGAUCCUGACUAUAUCGAGGAAGAGGAAACGAGAGAGGAGCCAAUCAUGAGAAAAACUCGCCAGUCCAUCAAACGUAAAAGAACUCUUGUGUGUGAUUCUUCGGAUGAUGAAGAAUCUCAAGAGAUGCAAGCGUCAACUUCUUCCUCCAUGUUAUCUAAACCAAGUAAGAAAGAGAAAAAGCUUCGGAAAAAGAAGCAAUCGAAGAAGGUAGAAGAGUCGCAAUCAGAUGAGGAGGAGAAUAUCAUUCGAACCAUGGACGAGGACUUUGUGGAGCAAUUCAAUGAGAACAAUCAUGGAAAUACUUUUCGUCAAUCACUGACCGUUGUUCCCCAUGAGAUGAGUGGAGUCAGCAAUCCUCAUUUAAAGGUGGACUUGACCAUGCCAUGUAUCGACAUGUAUGUCAAGCCAUCCAUAUUUGUCAAAAAUGGUGUGUCAAGGAGAGAUGACAGUAGGUCUUCCAUUUUCACUGUUACUGUUUCGUUGCAAGGUGGUGCUUUGAACAGUCGUGUCAAGUUGGAGAAUUUAAGGUUGCUCGUUGUUUCAGACAAGAAAACAAAGAGAACCGAUGGAGAAAGGGUCAAUGUGAAGAUGAUCAAAAACUCCAAUGCAAGCUCCUUCUCAAUGUAUUUGAACUAUCUCGAAAAGGAUCCAAAUGAUAAUGAUCUUCUUUCUAUUUUACAGAUUGAGGAAUACCAAGACAAGUAUGUGUUCAAGUGUCAAGUUUCAACCUCGAACAAUGCAAGUGGAUGGAAGAACAAACAUUCAGAUUACAAGAUGUUGGUGUUCGAUCAGAGUGAUAGCGAGGUGUUCGGAGGUAUUUCACAAGGUUUCAAAGUUGCAAAGGCUCCCAAAUCUCAAAAACAAGGCAGCAACCACUCUUAUGACACGCCUACCUUCAACGAUCAUGACGACACUGAAUUUUUAUCCAAUGUUUUCAUUCAUGAAGGUAAAAAGAAACGAAAACUGCAAAUAUCGGAACCAACCAUUGUCAAGCACUGUGGAAAAUCAUUCAAGAUUACAGUUCAAGAGAUUUCAGAGGAGCAACAAUAA